UCAAUUAAAAUAAUUCAUCAACAGUAGAUACAGCUUCUUUAUUAAUUUAUUUGAUUUACAUCUUAAAUUGAACUGAAUGUUGGAUGGUUCUGACUAGUAAUUAAAUAAUGAAAUGCACUGGUUGGGCCCGCUCAAACUCAGAAGCUCACAAAGAUGAAAUGAAUAAUUAUACCACAAAAAAUAUAAUUAUUUUAUUUUCUGUUUCAAGAUUUGAGUUAAUAAUAAAUAAUCAAAGUAAUCCCACCAGGCAAGAUAUAAUUGAUAAAAUAGCAGGAGUGGAUGCAUUGUUUUGGUACAGUUAUGAGCGACUUGAUGACGAAAUACUUGACGCUGCAGGCAGUCGAUUAAAAGUGGUAGCUACCAUGACAGCAGGACUAAACCAUAUUGACAUAGAUGCUUUCAAAAGAAGAAAAAUCCCUUUAGCAUAUACACCAACCGUUUUAAAUAAAGCAGUAGCGGAUGUUGCCGUUCUUUUGGCCUUAGCUGCUUCUAGAAGGCUUCGUGAAAGUAGAAUUCACAUAGAAAAAGGUUUAUGGAGUGGAUUUGGGGUGCAGUAUUUGUUAGGGACCGACAUAGAAAAUUCAACAGUUGGAAUAGUUGGCUUCGGGGGUAUUGGGCAAACUGUAGCCAAAAGGUUAAAAGCAUUUGAGGUUGCAAGAAUUUUAUACAGUGGCCAUCGAGAAAAACCGGAAGGAAAACAACUGGGAGCUGAAUUUGUGCCACUUGAUACACUUCUUCGUGAAAGUGAUUUCGUAAUUGUGUCGGCACCUUUAACUGAUGAAACCAAAAAUAUGUUUAACGAUUCCACUUUCGCAAAAAUGAAACCAACAGCUGUGUUCGUUAAUAUUGCUCGGGGAGCCAUAGUAGAUCAAGAUGCUCUUAUCAGAGCGCUCAAAAAUGGUACCAUUUUUGCAGCAGGUCUAGACGUGAUGGAACCGGAACCUUUACCGAUUGACCAUGAACUGUUAGAACUUCCAAACUGUGUUCUCAUGCCACACAUAGGGUGUGCUACAUUCAAGACUGUAGCUGCAGUUGCAGAAUUAACCGCCAGGAAUAUCAUUUUAGGAUACGAAAAUAAACCUUUGCUAACACCCGUUUAUUAAACUGUAAUUGAUAACAUUGUGUGUAUAUGUGUGCUUGUGAUGAUUAUUAUCAUAAAGUUGCAACAGGAGAAGACAAUACUAACGAAGUGACAUGUAUUUCGGGAGUGUUGUCUUGUUCUACCGUCGAUAAAUUUAUAAUCCUAAGAUUUGCACAUAUGUAUAUAGAGAUAAGUAACUACUGCAUGUGUAAAUAGCCACAUCUUAAAUGUAAAUAUGAAAUAAAGGCCAUUCUAACGAAA